CCUCUCGCUACGUUGCUCCAAGCCCGGACCUCCGCCGGACGGCAUUGCGAGUGAACUCCCUAGAAGAGGAAGUGGUAGAGAUAUGGGCAACUUGUGCAGUGGAUUCCCGAGCAAAGGAACUGGUAGAGGGGAGUGGGAGAGGGGAGGAGAGCAGGUGCUGCUCACCUCGGUGCAGGGUUGCUGUGCCAACAUAUACAAUCACUCAAAUGGGUCAUAUUGUGGAUGCAAAGCUAGGUACGACUUUGAUGUCAAGAAGUAUUGUUCGAAGAAUGAAUGCUUGAUUACUGUUGAAGAACUACUGAAAUCAGCUGAUUUUCUGGUUGAUGAUAGCUGUGUCUUUGGUGUGAGGAUAUUACAAGCAUAUGUCUCUCCUAAAAACAACCUUGCUGUGGCUCCAGAUAAUACUAUCACAAUUCAGGAAGUGUUUCUGCAGAAGAAGGAAUUUAUCAAAGGAAAUUACACCUGGAACGUGAACAACUUCCUUGCCUUGAAGGACCCGGUCCUUUCUCCCGCAUUUGAAGCUUGUGGGCACAAAUGGCACAUCAAGAUGCAUCCACUCGGUGACCAAUACAGCACAGAUUCACUUUCCAUGUACCUGCAAAUGCAUGACCCGGCCGAGCUUUCUCAUGAGUCCGGGAAGAUGUUUGAAGUGACCCAGCAAGGACAACACUACAGCUGUCUAGUUCGCUUUGUGCUAAAUGGAAAUCUUGGAUGGGGAUGGCCAAACUUCAUUCCACUCAAGAUACUGAAGUACCCUUCCAAGGGCUACCUCGUUGGAUCAAAGUGGAGUGUGAAGGCGGACAUCACUUGCAUUGGGUCAUCCAACGAUGUUCAGACACCACUUGCUGCAUCUAUCUUGAAGGACGAGAAGUAAUGCCCUUGCAUAAUGCCUAGUCAUUCAGUAGUAAUAGAAUAGAAUGUCAGACAGUAGUCUUUCACCUGGAUUGAGAUGAAAUGGACCUCGUCUUUUCUCCGAUAAUAAGCGCAUGUUCAGUUUUGUGUUA